CGGCGGCCGCGGGCUGACGUGGCGGGCUGGCGUGUGGGCCCAGCCGGGCUGCAAGCCGGACCCGCUGAGGCGGCGGCCGGACGGAGGCUGGCAGUGAGGCGCCGGACUGCGAGCUGCCGCGAUGCCGCUGGAGCUGGAGCUGUGUCCUGGGCGCUGGGUGGGCGGGCAGCACCCGUGCUUCAUCAUUGCCGAGAUCGGCCAGAACCACCAGGGCGACCUGGACGUGGCCAAGCGCAUGAUCCGCACCGCCAAGGAGUGUGGGGCUGAUUGUGCCAAGUUCCAGAAGAGUGAGCUGGAAUUCAAGUUCAAUCGGAAAGCCUUGGAGAGGCCAUACACUUCGAAGCACUCCUGGGGGCAGACAUACGGGGAGCACAAACGGCACCUGGAGUUCAGCCACGACCAGUACAGGGAGCUGCAGAGAUAUGCCAAGGAGGUUGGGAUUUUCUUCACUGCCUCUGGCAUGGACGAGAUGGCAGUUGAAUUUCUGCACGAACUGAAUGUUCCGUUUUUCAAAGUUGGAUCUGGGGACACUAACAAUUUUCCUUAUCUGGAAAAGACUGCAAAAAAAGGUCGCCCGAUGGUGAUCUCCAGCGGGAUGCAGUCGAUGGACACCAUGAAGCAGGUCUACCGGAUCGUGAAGCCGCUCAACCCCAACUUCUGCUUCCUCCAGUGCACCAGCGCCUACCCGCUCCAGCCGGAGGACGUCAACCUGCGUGUCAUCUCGGAAUAUCAGAAGGUCUUUCCUGACAUUCCUAUAGGGUAUUCUGGACACGAAACAGGCAUAGCAAUAUCUGUGGCUGCAGUGGCUCUGGGGGCCAAGGUGGUGGAACGUCACAUAACUUUGGACAAGACCUGGAAGGGGAGUGACCACUCAGCCUCACUGGAGCCUGGAGAACUGGCCGAGCUAGUGCGGUCAGUGCGCCUCGUGGAAAGGGCCAUGGGCUCCCCGACCAAGCAGCUGCUGCCCUGCGAGAUGGCCUGCAAUGAGAAGCUGGGCAAGUCUGUGGUGGCCAAAGUGAAAAUUCCAGAAGGCACCAUUCUAACACUGGACAUGCUCACUGUGAAGGUGGGCGAGCCCAAAGGCUAUCCUCCUGAAGACAUCUUUAAUCUCGUGGGCAAGAAGGUCCUUGUCACUGUUGAAGAAGAUGAUACCAUCAUGGAAGAAUCAGUAGAAAAUCAUGGCAAAAAAAUAAAGUCUUAAAAUAAAGUGCCAUUCUCUGAA